CUUGGAGGUUGGCAAAAAACAACCUGCUCUUGAUGUGUUGUAUGAUGUUAUUAAAAGCAAAAAACAUCGAACAUGGCAGAAAAUACACGAGCCAAUUAUGCUCAAAUACCUGGAGCUGUGUGUGGAUCUUCGCAAGAGCCACUUAGCAAAGGAAGGGUUGUAUCAGUACAAGAACAUCUGUCAGCAGGUAAAUAUCAAGUCCUUGGAGGAUGUGGUUAGAGCUUAUCUUAAGUUAGCUGAGGAAAAGACUGAAGCUGCUAAAGGAGAGUCUCAGCAGAUGGUACUUGAUAUUGAAGACUUGGACAAUAUUCAAACUCCAGAGAGUGUGCUGCUUAGUGCUGUUAGUGGUGAGGACACCCAAGAUCGUACAGAUCGUCUGCUGCUAACUCCAUGGGUUAAAUUUCUUUGGGAGUCUUACAGACAAUGUUUGGAUUUAUUACGUAACAACUCUAAAGUGGAGCGCCUUUAUCAUGACAUUGCUCAACAAGCUUUUAAGUUCUGCUUGCAGUACACCCGAAAAGCAGAAUUCCGCAAAUUAUGUGACAACCUGCGUACACACUUGGGACAGAUCCAGCGUCACCACAACCAAAGCACAGCAAUCAACCUUAAUAAUCCUGAUAGCCAGUCCAUGCACUUGGAGACUCGCCUUGUACAACUUGAUAGUGCAAUUAGUAUGGAACUUUGGCAGGAAGCUUUCAAGGCAGUAGAAGAUAUUCAUGGGCUAUUUUCUUUAUCCAAGAAGCCCCCCAAACCCCAGCUGAUGGCUAACUACUAUAAUAAAGUUUCCACAGUAUUCUGGAAAUCGGGAAAUGCUCUGUUUCAUGCAUCCACUCUUCACCGACUAUACCAUUUGUCCAGAGAGAUGAGAAAAAAUCUUUCACCAGAGGAGAUGCAGAGGAUGUCUACCAGAGUGCUUUUAGCUACUCUGUCAAUUCCUAUAACUCCUGAAAGGACAGACAUUGCCCGAUUGCUCGACAUGGAUGGUAUUAUUGUUGAGAAGCACCGACGAUUAGCUACACUGUUGGGAUUACAGGCACCUCCAACUCGACAAAGUUUAAUUAAUGACAUGGUUCGUUUCAAUGUGAUGCAGUAUGCUGCAGCUGAAGUGAAGGGGGUGUAUAAUUGGUUAGAAGUAGAAUUUCACCCGCUGAAACUUUGUGGACGCGUUACUAAGGUCCUCAACUGGGUCCGAGACCAGUCAGAAAAAGAACCUGACCUUCAGCAUUAUGUACCUCAUUUGCAGAAUAAUACCAUCCUUCGGCUCCUUCAACAGGUAGCUCAGAUUUAUCAAAGUAUAGAGUUUACUCGUUUGGCUUCCUUGGUUCCAUUUGUUGAUGCCUUUCAGCUGGAACGUGCCAUUGUUGAUGCUGCCAGACACUGUGAUUUGCAGGUUCGCAUCAAUCAUUCUUCUCGUACUUUAAGUUUUGGCUCAGAUCUCAACUAUUCUCCACGAGAAGAUUCGCCAGUGGGUCCUUACUUGCAGCCAAUGCCUUCAGAGCAGAUCAGAAGUCAGUUGACUGCUAUGUCUGCUGCAUUAGCGAAGGCUAUCCAAGUUGUCAAGCCAACACAUUUGCUUCAUGAAAAGGAAGAGCAACACCAGCAAGCUGUCAGUGCUUAUUUGAAGAAUGCUAGAAAGGAACAUCAGCGGAUCCUUGCCCGUCGCCAGACUAUUGAGGAGAGAAAGGAACGCCUGGAAAGCCUGAAUGUUCAGCGGGAAAAAGAGGAAAUGGAGUUGCGAGAGGCGGAACUUCAGAAAGUUCGCAAGGCUGAAGAAGAGCGUUUACGUCAAGAGGCACAAGAGAGAGAAAAAGAACGUCUUAUGCAGGAGCAUGAAAACAUCAAACGGAAACAUGUGCGAGAACGCCUGGAGCAGAUUAAAAAAACUGAACUGGGAGCUAAAGCAUUUCGAGAUAUUGACAUUGAGAACCUUGAAGAACUGGAUCCAGAUUUUAUCAUGGCUAAGCAGGUUGAGCAGUUGGAGAAAGAAAAGAAGGAACUUCAAGAACGUCUGAAAAAUCAGGAAAAGAAGAUUGACUUCUUUGAAAGAGCCAAGCGAUUGGAAGAAAUACCUUUACUCAAAAAAGCAUUUGAAGAACAGCGAAUAAAGGAUAUGGAAUUGUGGGAACUUCAAGAGGAGGAAAGGAUUACCAGUAUGAAAGUUGAGCGUGAGAAAGCCCUGGAGCAUAAGAAUCGAAUGUCAAGAAUGAUGGACGAUCAAGACCUGUUCCUAACAAAGCUUAUGGCUUCACGUCGUACUGUUUACGAGGAGAAACUAAAGAACUUCCAAGACAGGCUCAAUGCAGAACGGAAAAUGCGUUUAGAGGAGCGUAAGAAACAACGCAAAGAAGAAAGACGCAGAAUCUACUACAUACAAAAAGAGGAGGAAGCUCAGAGAUUGGAGGAAGAAAAACUUAAAAAAGAGCGUGAAGAAAAGGAGCGCUGUGAGCGUGAAAAACGAGAAGCAGAAGAGCGUGAAUACCAGGAAAAACUAAGAAAAUUGGAGGAAACUGAAAGGAAACGACGCCAGCGAGAAAUGGAAAUUGAAGAACGCGAGCGUCGUAAAGAAGAAGAAAGGAAAUAUGCUGAAGACCAGUUUCGCCGGAAGGAAUCUCAGCGCUGGAGUGACAGAGACUCUGAACGAGAUAGUUGGAGGGAUUCCCGUAUUAUAGACAGGGAUUCUGAAUGGAGACGCGGAGGAACUGAUGCCGAGUGGCGCCGAGGGGAAAGCCGUGGCUUUGAUGAUGAUAGGCCGGCAUUCCGCCGUGGGGAGGACCGAAUUAGACGGGAUGAUGAUAGAGAGCCAUUGUUUAGAAGAGGAGAUGAUGAUCGGGGUCCGCUAUUCAGGCGAGGUGAUGAUGACAGGGGGUCUUGGCGGGAUGAUGAUCGAGGCCCCCGCCGUGUGGAUGAUUCGAGGCCUGGCCCGUGGAGACCACUUGAUAAACCAGGUGGCGGAUGGAGAGAAAGGGAAAAAGCACGUGAAGAAAGCUGGGCCCCACCCAGAGACACUAGAUCUUCCGAAGAUAACAGAGAUCGUGAUUUGGAUAGAGAUCAAGAUCGUGAUCGCCGUAUUGCAUUUAGAGACAAAGAUGAUGGCCCUUGGAGACGUGGUGGUGGCUCAGAAGAGUCUAGCUGGAGAGAAGCUCCACGACGUGAUGACCGGGAUGGUGAUCGAGAUCGUAGAGAUUUUCGCGAACGUCGAGACAUCAAGAGUCGUAAAGAUGAACCAGAGCGUCGUGCUGCACCUAUUCGAAGUGAUCGAGAUGAUGGUACCUGGCGACGUGGUGGUGAAGAUCGCCAUGGUGAAAGCCAAGCUAACCAAGAGGCACAGGAUACUGCCAUGAAAGGUCCACCACUUAAGGACAGUGACCAAGAAAAAUCAACUUGGAGAACUGACAAGGACAAAGAGGCACCUCGUCGUAUCAAAAAUGUCAUUGAUGAAGAAGGCUGGACUACUGUUCGCCGCUAAAUUUACCUUCAUGUCCAAUGUACCAAGGCAAACUAGCUGAAUUCUUUUGAAUCUGAAUAACAGUAACUUCGUGGCAAGCUCUUUAAAUUUUUUGAAAGUAACCAGUAAAAUUGACAUUUGUUAAACUGUACGCAUGUACCUAUUUUAGUACAGCAAAUUUAAUACAAGUCGAUCAUGCAGCUAAAAUAAUAGAAGCCUGCUAAAUGAAACAUCUGUUGCAUGUCAAAGCCUUGCCUUUACUCUGUCAACAUUUCACUUGAUAGUCUAAACAUGACAGCUGCCUACCUUGAAUUUUCAAGAUUGCCCAGUUUUCUUAAAUAAGCUAUGGCGACUUUGAUAGUAAACAGAACACAGUUAGCAUCUAGUGCAGCUGUAAUGUGAAAAGGAAAUACACACCAGCCUACGUCUCUCUUCAAAUCUUAUCAGCUAAUAUGGAUAAAGUAGCCUUGCUGUAUGAUGUAGACAUGAUUAAAGACUUUUAUUAUCCAA